AUGGUUAGAAAAUUAAAUAUAGACUUAUUAAAAGGAAUGACUUUUGAUUAUUUAAUGAAAAUAAGAGACUUUACCUAUGGAAAUCCAUCAAACGUCCCUAAUUAUAUAUUAAAAAUUUAUAAUUUAUACAAAGAUGAGAAUCAUGUUUAUGUUAUUUCAGAAAGAUGCACAGGUGGUUUUCUAUUUGAUAUCUUAAAAAAUAAUGAAUGUAUCAAUGAAAGAUUAUUAUCAGAAUGGUUUUACCAAAUAAUUACCUCUCUGUGCUUUCUUGAAAAACAUCACAUAUAUCAUGGUAAUCUAAAUGGUUACUCUAUUUUUUUUAAAGAUAAAAAUAGAGAUGAAAUAAGAUUAAGUUUACUAAGCAAAAAUAAUAAAUAUGAUAAUAUUGAUAAAAAUGGAGAUUUAUAUGGAUUAUUUUUUAUAAGAUCACCACAAGAAAUUGAGAGAUUAUAUCAUGAUAAAAAUAAUACUUGGUAUGUUGGUAUCUUGUUAUUUUUCUUAUUGUUCGGAUCUUAUCCUUUUAUAAGCAGAAAUGCUUUAAAGAAUUACUUCAAAAUAAUCAAAAAAGAUAUUCCUUUUUCUAUCUUAAAAAAUUCUUAUAAUUUUAAUGAAAAUAUCUAUGACUUUUUGGAAAAAGCUUUGGAAAAAAAUUAUAACAAAAGACCAACAUUAAUGGAAUUAUUAAAUCAUCCAUGGAUAAAAGACAGAAAAAAUCAUUCAGAAGAGAAUAUAAUAAGUCCAAAAGCAAGAAAAUUAGCAAAUGAUCAAAUACGUCAAUUGGAAAAAAGCGUCCUUAAAGCUGAAAAGGAAUAA